AGCCAGACCCGGAAAUGACCGCAGUAAGCAUCACAGGAACAAAACUUUAGCUAGUAGCCUGUAGUUGUAGCACAGCAGCUUGACUCCCAGUAUCCAAACAAAGUCAUCCUAUCCAGCUUCUCACCGUUUCCAACGUUGGUAUGGAGCUUUAGGAAGAAUUAUUAAACAGAGUCCCGAGGAAUGGUUUGACUGCGGCAGGAAAAAUGCACAGCCGUUUGCAGGAGUUGAAGAGGGAAGAGGAGACUCUCCUCAAAAUCAAAGUCAUGUUACAAGACCAACUGAACCGCUUGAAGUUUGAAGAGGGAGCUUUGAAGUCCAUCAUCAACGCUCACACAGAAGAAGGAGCCUCUCAACGCUCAUCCCUUGAAGCUGAGGUUCACGUCAAUCUAGAUGAUGAAAGCGAGAUCAAUCAAACCAAACUCCUGCUGAAUGCUGCUGUAGAUUAUGACAUGGAAGAUGAGGAAGAGGACGAGGAAGAGGAGGAAGAUGAGGAGGAGGAAGACGACGAUGCGCCAGAAUUUGUGCCUGACGAGGACGAAGAGGAUGAUAAUUACUGAGAAUGAUGGCCUAGAAGCAGUUUAACCAGUGAAGAGAAGUGUCUGCUCCACGUGAAGACACCUGUUUUAUAUGUGGUAUUAGUUAGUAAGUUUAAGUUAUUUGGAUGGAGUGAGUAACAGUUUCAGUGUAAUGAUGUGUGGUGCUAGAUUUACCCUCUCAUUGCCUGACUUAAGGCAUGUCGUCUGCAUUUCUCACCAUGUUGGUUGUGUCAAAUCUCAUGGGAAAUGUCUCCCUGGAAUAUAGUAACGGCAGUAUUAUUAGGUGCUUAUACAGUAGCUUCCUACACAUAUCGUGCAUUGAUAUGAAGAGAUAUGAAUGAGAGCUAAAAUACACCUUAAAAAAGAAGAAUUUAAAUGAUGAUGUGUCCAAUUGAAAAUAUGGCUGGGCCAUAUGAAAGUUGAUCUGUGUGUACUGUGUAAGAAAUGACAAGCACAAAAUAAAUGUUUUGCAUAUGUUUCAAUAA